AGACGGUGCCAGCGAGCCGACGUCGUCAGUCUUGUGCCUGUUUCGUAGCGAUUCUGACGCGCUUUCUUUUCGUGUGUGCUGCUUCCUUCCUAUUCGGUUUUGCUAUCAUUCGAGUCAAGAGUGGUAAACGGUAUACACCGGAGCGGACUGAGCGAGGUGUGCGCUGCGCGGUUUUUGUUUUAUUUGUGCGAAUUUUGUACGCUGCACUGGGAGUUUACAAAACUUUUCACGGAUUGUUGCAUUUGCAAGUUUGGUUGAGGCGCGAGUUCCGCCGAGUGAAAUCCCAGUGGGUAAAAUCGAUCGCGGUCAACAACUAGCUCUCAAAGUGUAAAGUGACUUGCGUACCUUUCGGUAGGCGCAGACGAAUUACGGUGUGCUUGCGCGCGAGUGAGCAGGACGGGACACAAUCGAGUGCCAUUAGGUGCCCCGAUUAGAGGUGGAUUUAGGUGGAAAUUCCAGCAGUGCGAGCGCUCUAAAGUGCGGCCCAAGUACGGCCCUAGAAGCGGAUUGAGCUAUCAGUGAAGAAGGAAGAGCCCUAACAACAGGUGAAAUAUCCGCAAAUUAGAGUUAUUUCAAAGUUCAAAACCUAAUAAGUUUGUCGAACAUUGAGCGCAGCGCGAGUGCUGGACUGAGUGCGAGUGAGAACGAACGAGCCUGCGCCCAGACAACCGACGGACGGUGGAUGAUUACUAUCUUGGAUCGGGAGAAUUUGCGCGAAGGAGACGACAUACCUACCUACCUACCCAUACUCUGGCUGGAGUGAGCACGUUCCGUUAUAUUUUGAUGUGUUGUUGCUGGCCAUGCCGUGCCGUGGUGAGCUGCUUAUAGCUGGAACUCGGUGAGAAAGACGACGAAGAAACCCCAAGUGUUUUGUGUGGUGACGAUUUGAGGCGAAAUAUUUUCGGCCCGAAAAGGUGAAUGAUUUGUGCAACAAGACCACGGUCCACUAUACGAACCGAACGAAGUGCAGUCAGUCGCGUUUUACGAGUAAGAAGAACAUUCACGGUUCCCGUACGUGUACGAGUGGUGCUCGGUUAAGUAAUUUACCCGGAUGCGCGGCGAGCGAGGUGCAUAAAGUCCCCGAAAUUCCGGUUCUUGUGGACAUCUAGUGUGCAACAGGUUCCUCCCCUCAUAACAACCACGCAGUAGGCUAACUACCAUCAUCACAUCACCAUAUCGCCACACAAGAAUAAUCACAGAACAGUACGCGCAUCACACUGACUGAAACGCUGUGCCGCUGUGAGAAAUCUGAAUCAUUAUUAAAACCGCAAACGAUCCAGCAGCAGUAGUAGCAGCAGCAGCAGCAGCGACGCCGGUCCGCGAUUUAGUUGUAGACAAUUACUCAUUAUUCCAAGCCGAUUAGCGGCACUUGGGGCGCGCGCGUGCAACGGAACCUGCUCGGAGUGGCUCGGUUUGACCUCCGCGGACAAAGAACUUCGGCCGGCUGUAAGUGACGAACCCCCCUAAGCAGGGGCCAGAUAUAACUCGGUCGGAUCCGCGGAAAAGUUCUGCCGUCGUCGUCGAGUAAUUAAAAACCGAGAAAAUUCGGUAGUCGUAACAGCAGGUUAACGAUUUCUGUGAUUAUCAAUAAAAUCAUCACAUCAGUACCAUCAUCAUCAACGCUCACAGUCAGUGGUUGGUAGUUUGACCAGUGGUGGAGUGUGUUCAGUAGGACAAGCGAGGAGCCAGACCGGGGCAAGUGCACAGCAAGUGGCCAAGUGAGAGAAGCAUAAUUAAACAAAGUAGAUUGGCAAUAAAAAAAUAAGGCGAGCAAGUGUCGACGGGUAAAUGUGUCGAGAAGAAACCUCCAUCAGCUGAAGAGAUUGGCCCCCGAAGUGUGUGAGUACAAGUACGUGUGCGCGCGCGAUCGUUUGUGUGUUGGCUUGUUGGAUUUCGGUGAAAUUUUUCGAAGAGAAAAGAAGCAAAAAAAAACUAGUAACCUCGUUUAGGAAGGCGCGCCCAAUUCUCGCCGCCAAGUACUGGAGUACCGGACGGACCGACUAGGUACUUCACACGUGAGAAGUUAUUGCUUCGAGAGUAAGUAGAUAGCGGAGAAACGGUGCAUCCAGCAGUAGCAGCAGCAUCAGCAGCAGCCGGCAGUGGAAGAUGUUAGUUCCGGGACAUGUGGUGUCACUGUAUGUGGCGACGUGCGGCUAUAACGGUGCGGCACUUGGCUCCGACGAGAAGGAGAUUGUUCUGCUAAUUUACGUAAUCAUCGAUGUGCAAACGAAUAAUAUCGUCGGCAUCAAGCAGUACUUCGUGCGGCCGUCCAACCCGCAGCAAGGCCGCGAACACCAGAAUGCCCUUCACAGCAGUAGUGCCAGCAGUGCCAGCCAGAACAACAUCAGCUCCAGCCAAACCUCGCUCGACCAGUCGCUGUCGUCCUCGAUCGGAACGUCAACCUGUUCGUCCACGCAGUCGAACCAUUCGGCGAGCGGUGCGUCGGCCACCUCUUCGGCGGCAACUGCUGCCGGAACCGUGCCGGAGUGUGCAAUCAGUCAGGAGAUACCCGCCAUCGAGUCUCUGAUCCAGUCCAAUGGGCGACCCCUGGAGGAGGUGCUCGAACAGUUCGAUUCCUACACGCGGUCCCUCCAGAUUGACCCCUGCGGGGGCAACUUUCGGCUGGUGGUGGACGGCCAGCUGCCGCUGCGGCAGUGCCUCCACCCGGAAGCCGGUGCCAAAGAUAUUCAGCUACCCGCGUACUACUGGCGAUUCAGCGACCUGCGGAAGGAGUACGUGCGCUUCAAGGCGGGCGACCUGUCCCGGGCGCUGGUACCGGUGUCCGACGUGACCAAGUUGCACACGAUGCCCCGGCUGCCGACGGUGCCCGCCUCGGUGGCCGAAGUUAUGCAAGAUCUUGACCUUCCAACAUACCAGGACAACGAGUUCUACGUGAAGGAAGCCCGUGACAUGGUCACAAUUAUCCAGCACAUGAUAUCAUUAGGUCAUAAAUUCGAAGCAAACGAAGUAGUGAAUUUAAGUUUAGAACCUGGAAUAUGCUCAAUCGAUGACGAAAUUGAUGGCACGUGUAUAGUGCGUGCGCGUGGUUUGCCCUGGCAGAGCAGCGAUCAGGACAUCGCUCGGUUCUUCCGGGGAUUGAAUGUGGCCAAAGGUGGAGUUGCACUCUGCUUAUCGCCACAGGGGCGCCGUAACGGCGAGGCAUUAGUACGGUUCGUUUCGCAGGAGCACCGUGACAUGGCGCUAAAACGACACAAGCAUCACAUUGGCAACCGGUACAUCGAGGUGUAUCGAGCGUCCGGAGAGGAUUUCCUAGCCGUAGCCGGUGGAGCAUCCAACGAGGCGCAAGCGUUUCUCUCCAAGGGUGCUCAGGUCAUCAUCCGCAUGCGUGGACUCCCUUACGAUUGCACCGCCAAGCAAGUGCUCGAAUUCUUCGCCAACGGCGACAGCAGCUGUACCGUCCUGGACGGUGCCGAUGGUAUACUGUUCGUGAAGAAGCCGGACGGCCGAGCUACCGGAGAUGCGUUUGUGCUGUUCUCGCAGGAGACGGACGCGCCGAAGGCGCUUUCCAAGCAUCGGGAAUCGAUCGGGCAGCGCUACAUAGAGCUGUUCCGGUCAACGACGGCGGAAGUUCAGCAGGUUCUGAAUCGUUCGAUGGAUCCUAAAACGUACGAGCCGCCACAGCCGCCAUUGAUUGCUUCGUUGCCGCCGGUACAGAUGCCACUACUGCCACAGCAUGUGAUUACAAGUGGGACGGAGAAAAACUGCAUUCGGUUGCGAGGUUUACCGUACGAGGCCAAGGUGGAGCACAUUCUACACUUCCUGGAAGACUUUGCCAAGCACAUCGUCUACCAGGGAGUGCACCUGGUUUACAACGCACAGGGUCAGUUUAACGGGGAAGCGUUCAUUCAGAUGGAUUCGGAGACAGCCGCCUACCAGUCGGCACAGCAAAAGCACCACAAAAACAUGAUGUUCGGCAAGAAGCAGCGUUACAUCGAAGUGUUUCAGUGUUCUGGGGAUGACAUGAAUAUGGUGCUGAACGGCGGAUUCCAGCAGCCGACGAAUAUCUCCAAGCCGCCGCUGUUAUCACCCGGUAUGUUACCAACUGCGCAACAGCCGCCAACACAAUCUCCACAAGCACUAGCGCUGUCUCAGCUCCCGUUGUCCGUUCCACCUCCGCUAACAUUGUCUAUUCCCCCUCCCACACCCCAAAUGAUAGCACAACAGCAAGCUCAUUUCAUAGCACAGCAUAGUCUGAUGGCGCGACAAGCCGCCGCCGCUGCAGCAGCCGCCCAACAACAGGAACAGUACUUGUACCAACACCUUGCAAUGCAUCCGGCACAUUCAACGGGUGCGAACUCUGCAGUCGUGUCGCAAGCUCCGCCCACUUAUGUUACAUCUACAACUGUGCCUCCGCCAACUGGGAGCUAUCCCAUGUCGCACACUCACGGCCCGCCGCCCUCUAUCUCAAGCAUGAACCAAGCAGCCGCCGCCGCCGGCAUACAGAGUCACUUAGCGGCGGGUGGUGUUCAAGGCGCUCAAUAUCCACAGUUCGUGUUUAUGCCGCGGCACAUGAUUGGACCCGGCGGCUUCCCAGUUGGCUUCAUGCCGCCCGGUAUGAGCCCAAUGCACUUUCCCGGAGCGGCCACCGCUGCAGGAGCAACCGGUGGCCUUGCCCAGACCCCAAUUGCUACCCCGACCGGCAUUGCACACCCCGGCACGCUUAGCCACUCUGCCGCCGCUGCAUCUGCUCAGCAGCAACAUGCCGCUGCCUUGACGGCCAAUGCCGCCAAUGCUAUGCUCCCGGCAAGCAUCAAACGCUCCUACGACAAUGCCUUCCGUAAUGACCAGUCGCAGCUAACGGCGACCACCGGCUCGAAGCGAGCCUUCCAUGGCGGCCAACAGGCGGCUGCAGCAGCUGCGGCGACGGCGGCUCUCUAUACGCCCUAUUAUCAUCCCCACAUAUGAGGGAAUGCGUAGCUUUAGGUUAGGUUAUCAGUAGCUAUCACGUUGGCUCUAAAGUUGAACUUUUAGUACUUAUGUACUAAAACAUUACCAAUAUAUUUUUACAGUGCUUUUUGCCUUUUUUUAAAUUAUGAAUUCAUUCCAAUUAGUUUGUAGUUAGAUUUGCCUUAAAACAUCUAGACAAAAACAACAACCAUUCCAUCCACUGCGGUCCAAUGCAGCUAUCGUUAUUUAGAACACCAAGUUGUAAUCCACAAGACAUUUAGAGCGUGGUUGUGAGCAAACGCACUCAUCAAAGAAGACUCUCUUCCAAUCGAUAGACGCUACUAAACGUACUUAUUAGAGCAAUCAUUCAUAUACACUAUUCCACAAAUACUGAUAUAAACUUGUUCAUAUAUUCAAGUCUUUAUAUACACAAAUACCCGUUAGUGAGAUAAGCUAAAAAGUUGUGCUAACAUUGAACCAAUCCCGAUUUCCGAUCCACCCCCAAACCCCCCCCCCCCCCCCCCCUUCCUCGUGACCCGGUUUCUGGCAAUUAGAAAUCAAAACAGGAACAGUCUAAUCCAACUACGAAUUAACACAAUUCCUGGGGAAUGAAGCAACGCAAGCUACAUACAUGUGAACAAAACACUCACACCAACACCAAUGGAACGUGUUCGAUGGUACCUCAUAUAACUAUAGUAUAAUGACUGCUGCUGUUGUGUGUUUAUGUAAAGGCGGUUUGUUGGGACUCAUUCUACCUAAAAAAAUACCAAUCCAUACCAAUCAAAACUCUGGGGGUGUCGGAAUUACUAUAUAUAACUAUAAAAUCGUUAUUUAAUGUAAGUUCGUUGUGAGGCGCCCAAGCGCCGAAAGGGCAAGACAAACAGAUUGGAGAAGGAUUCAUUGUGAAUGAACUUUUUUUUGUGUGAGAUGGUCGGAAGCAGCUCUUAUCACUGAUAUUUUUGCAAUGUUAGGAUUAGUACUUUCUUUUAUCAUUAAAAAUGUCCCGUUAGUGAAUUGUAAAAUCUAAGACUUACUCGCAUAAGGAUCGUUUCUUAAUCGUUACUAUUUUCCGUUUUCCAUUCCGAAAAAUACAAUCAAACAAAGACAUUCCACAACAUCUAUCGCAGGAAGCGCAGUACUAAAAUUUUAGACCAACACAUUCCAAACGCGGCAGCCACAGAAACACUGAAACGCACACCACGCAUUCCAAGCGCAUUGUGAUUGUUCCCUUACUAACACACAUAAACACAAAUCCGGUCCUCGGGAAAAGCACUAACCGCGUGGGUUAUCUGGCCGCACUUCUUCUGUAGCACGGCACGGUUGCCAAAUCGGAAUAGUGCGGUUGGAUAACACUGCUGUCGUAGCCGUAUAACAGCCGUUCAAAAACUACAUCCCUAAUGCGCGUGGUGAGGCUGCUUAUUCUUCACUCUCACUUCUCCCUAACCUAGUUCGCCGGGAAGAAACGGAAUCUAAACAAACACCAAUACAUAUUCACAUUUUAGUUUACAUUUUUGAUGUUUAAUCUAGAUAAAAAAAAAAACCGGAACAGACAAACUAAACUCGUACGUUUCAAUGUAAAGCUGACGGUGAAAUGGGCUUUAGGUGUGUCGGUUUGGGCGGCAAACGGCGAAGCUGCGUGAUGCUUAAAAUGGCGGCCUCUCAAACCGUACUAAAAGAAAAUGACCAUCAUCAAAGCAACCGCAGACGCAUGCACGCAACUUGCCGUUUUCCUGUCCAGCUAUAAUGGCGAUUUGAGACAAAGACAUGAAACAAAUGGUCAAUCAAAAGGCUAAACUGUACUUUUUCUUUCACGUAGGUUAAGAUUUGUUAGUUGUUUAGUUUUAGUUUUUCGUAAUAUCUAAAUGUUGUAAAGGCAGAACGGGAAAUCCAGACGCAAGAAUAUUUGGUUGAUGGGCUUUUAUUUGUCAUCUGGAUUAUAGUAUUUUUUUCUUGGAUUGUUGUUUGUUUUUUACUAUCAUCUCUCACAACUACUUUUCCAUUUUUGUCACUCGGGUGAUUUUUUUUUCCUGUGUUGCUAAAUGCCUGCUUGUGAUUCGGAUUAUUAUGCACCUAACAACAUAGAUGAACUGUACUUUGGUUGUCGGAAAAUUGCAGAUGACUCGUUUCAAUUCGCACAAUUUACCGAAAAUUCUUCCGUUUGGAAUUUCGCCCCUUCUGUCUUCCUGGAAGGCCCGAGGCAGUUUCGGCUGUAGACCGGUCUUUGGAGCGCUAGAGUUCGAGCAAAAAACGCAAACUUAUGAUAUUGUUAUGUCUGUUUGAAACUGAAAAGAACACCAAUCGUAUCCUAAUUGCUCAGCUAAAAAGUUUUGUUUAUUUUUUUCUUAGAUUGUGUCCGUGGAUAAGCGUUUACGAUGUACCAAGUAGAUUUAAUAUUUUUGCAUUGAUUUUAUUUUUCAUAUUUUAAUAAUAAGUGAUGAAACCUUAAUACAAUUAAUAUUAUAUAACAAAAAACA